AUGAAUGAAGCAUCUUCUGAUGCUUUAAAAUAUUCGGAUUUUACCUUGUCCAAAUAUGGGAACAAGAGAAUAAGAAUAAAUAAACCAGAGGAUGGUACAAAAUAUUUUGUUUCUCGGUUUAGUGAUAACAAAGAAUUAAACAAAUUGACUUCCCCCAUAACAUUUAUAUGCAAGGAUGAAGAUACUGAUAAUGGUUCGUCCUUAAAUAAAAAUAACAACAAUUCUACCUCUUGGGUUUUGAAAAACGCGAGCAUCGAAAAAAUGCGAAUAAAUCACAAAUCUUAUGUUUCAAAAAAAUGUAAUUUAGAUACCGAUGUUUUUUUCGUUCUAAUAGAAAAUGAAGAAUAUUCAGAUAUCUAUCCUGUAUCCAGCUGGCAAGUGUUUGAACCAAAUUUAUCCUCAAAAACUUUAAAUAAAUUUAACGUAGAUAAUUCUGAAGAAAAACUGAGAACCCAGAUGGAUAAUAAAAGGAUAGAUGAUAUAAUAGAAAGACUAAAAAACAAAGAAGAACAAAAUAAAUUAAAUAUCAAAGCUAAAGAAGAAAAAAAAAAAAAAAAAAAAAAGAAAAAUAUAUUACCUAGUGAUUCAUCAGAAGAUUUGGAUGACGAUGAUGAUGAUUUAGGAUUAAAAAGACAAGAAAAAAGAAGAAUCAAAAAUUUAAUAAAAUUAAAAAGAGGAGAAAACAAAGAAGAAAUUGAAUAUGCCAAUUCUGCUCUUUCAAUUACAUCGUUAAGAAAAAGUAAAGUUAAUUGGGAUUAUAAUAAUGAUGGAAGGAAAAGUGAUGAUGAAGAUUUAAAUGAAGAAGUAUCCGGACAAGAAGACUUUGACGAUGACAAUGAUGAUAAUGAUGAUUCCGAAAACAACUCGGAUAAUGACCAAUAUAAACUAACAUCAUAUGGUCAAGCUAUGCGAUCUCUAUUAAAACAACAAGUAAAUGAUGAAGAAGAUGAUGAACUUAAUCAAUACUCAGAUGAUGACGAUGAAGAAGACGAAGAAGAUGACGAUGAUGAUGACGAAGAUGAUGACGAAGAAGACAGUGAUGAUGAUAAACCAAGUAACAAAAAACAAUUGAAAAAUAAUAAAAAGAUACAAAAUGAACGAGAAAAAGAUAAAUAUAAAUUAGAAAAAAAUAAAAAAAAUAAUAAUAAACAUUUUUAUGAAGAAGAUGAACAAGAAGAUCAAGAAAAUAGUGAUGAUAACAAAAAAAAUACACACGAUGAUCAUAAUGAGAUGAAAAAAGAUACACCUAAGAUUAACCAAGAAAAAACACAAGAAGAAUUAAAAAGAAGAUUAAGCACAAAUGAUAAAUUUAACAAAUUCAAUGAAUAUAUUAAAGAAAAAAUUAAAAAUAAAGAAAUACAAAUAAAAGAAGAUAACUGUGCUAAACUUAUUGUAAAAAUUGUAGAAAAAAAUAAUGGAAAAAUGAAUAUUAUGACUUUGUUAGAUACAUUAAAUAUAAGAGAAAAAAAUGAUAAUUUUCUUAUAGUUCAAAAAUAUAUUAAAAAUUUGUGUAAUAUUAGCUCAGAAACGGUAAAUGAUAAAAAAAUAAAAACCAUAACCAUAAAACCAAAAUAUUUGCAAAAGAAAUAA